UUCAAAACAUCUUUAGAUGCAUCAGAUGAUUAGCAAAAUGUGCUUUCUUAUUGUCACAUUAAUCAGCUUUCUGUUUGGUCUGUUUGUCUGUCCAGAACUCCCACUGUAUGGUGUCAGGAAAGAUGAGGAGGUUCUGAAUGACCAGCCGCUCUGGAACCAGGAGAGGACCUCCAGUUUGGGCCAGGAACAUCCAGAACCUUUACAGGAGGAAUCAGAACCUCCACUGAGGCAGAACAGUUUUAAUUUCAUGGGUACUUCUCCUUCUGAAGAAACAGACAGCUGUAAACCAGAACCAAACAGGAACCAACCCUUGUGUCACAGUUCUACUGAAGCUGAGAACCAAGAUCAGGAUGGAUGCAGGAAUGAAAACUCAACACCAAACAGCAAUCAAGAAUUGACACAAAAUAAAAAAAUGCCCAAAAACCAAAGAUCACAGAAACCUGUAGAUGGUGAUAAGCACAAGAGGGCUCACAGACAGGAGAGACUAUUUUCAUGUGAGCUUUGUGGAAAAUCUUUCAGUUACAAUUUUCUUUUAAAUAUUCACAUGAGAUCUCACACAGGUGAGAAGCCAUAUCCUUGUAAAACUUGUGGUAAAUGUUUUUCCUACAGCAGUGACCUGUCUCGACACAUGAGAACGCACACAGGUGUGAAACCAUAUCCUUGUAAAACUUGUGGUAAAUGUUUUUCUUACAGCGGUGACUUGACUCGACACAUGAGAACUCACACAGGUGAGAAGCCAUUUCCAUGUAAAACUUGUGGUAGAUGUUUUACUGAAAGUUGUGACUUGACUCGACACAUAAGAACUCACACAGGUGAGAAACCAUUUCCAUGUAAAACUUGUGGUAAAUGUUUCUCUAUAAGAGGUAACUUGACCAUUCACAUGAGAACUCAUGUGAAAACAACAAGUGAAGAGAACAAGUGAAAGUCUUUUCCAUUUCUGAUCCAAAGGAAAUUCUGCCAGACAUUUUCCUUAAAGGCACAUUAUGUAGAACAUUCUUUUGUUUUGAAAGGAGAAAAACUGAAAAUCCCCGCAGCCAGAUGGAUAUGAAAUAUGUUUCAGCAUAACCUUCCUUCCAAAAUGCCUGAAACUAGGGCUGCAACUAACGAUUAUUUUCAUAAUCGAUUAAUCUGUCGAUUAUUUUUUCGAUUAAUCGAUUAUUCGGUUUGUUAUUGUUUAGCUAUUUGACCUAUACAAGUGAUGAAUACAUUUCAGUUGAGAAAAAGAAAAACAAGAGAAUUGUGCAGUUGACUGCAAUCUAUUUUAUUGCACAUGAACACAGUCAGCAGUGUAAAAUGAGCUAAACAGUGCAAAAUAUCAGUCCAGAAUAAUUUUUUGGCAUCAAAAUAUAAGAGGUAAAUUCCAUAAAAAAUAAUGUAGACUCUAGAAUAGAGUUUGUAAGUGGUAUGCAUUGCUGGGGGGUGAUUGUCUUGUUCCCCAUGUAGUUGUCCAUCGUUGCUUGUUUUUUUCUGCAUAAGAAACACAAAUUGACUGAAAUAAGUACACUUAUAAAAUAAAGCAGCACACACACUACAACACUAAAUCAAUAUUACAUUAUUUGAAUUAAUUAACAAUAUACAGGGAUCAUCAUUUAUUUUGACAAAAAUGUGUUGUGAGGCGUUUUACAGCGUUAGACAGUAAAACAGCCUUUUAAUAGUAAAAAAAUGACUUUCUGAAUUUCUCCUGGAUUUAAAAAUUGAAAUCGUACAACUAUGCCGCGUUAUAUUCACCUGGACACAGCUCGUCUGUAUAUUUUUCUCCGCAGAGUUGUCCUUUUUUGAAUGAGGAACAUUGUUAUGGGUUUGUGCAGUUUUUCUCUUAACGAGAACAUUCUUAUAAACAGACGUGCUAAAUUUGGCAAGCGUAUGAUACACAACACGGAGGAGAUUCACGAUUGCAUCUAGUCAAUCAGAAGUAGAACACCGUAGACUGGCGCGGAAAAAAAACAUGUUUAACAUCCACUAUAACGAACUCAGCUCCCAAAUUUUAUCUGCGUUAGCUUGUUUAUUUUCUGUUACUUACUGGAUUCACCGGACUUUCCUCUGCUGCAUUUGCCCCCACAUGUUUUUGUCUCAAAUGUUCACUUAGGGACGUCGUGCUUCCGUGCCAUGCUAGAUGGUUUUUGCAUAUUUUGCAGGUCACCCGUUUUGCAUAUUUUGCAGGUCACCCGUCUUUUCAAGGCAUCUAGUGUGAAGUGCUCCCAUACUUGUGAGGUUUUUGUCCAGGGUUUCUCUUGUUUUGUCGCUUCUAUUUUUCUUCCGUAUUUCUUCUUGUUCUGCCAUCUCUCACAGCAAGAUGAGCGUCAGUAACGUGAUACGUCAUGAAAACCGAGGGCACUUAUUGGCUCAUUUCUUCUUCUACGGCUCCACUGGUAGAUCAGUGGCUCAUUACUGCCACACACUGGCGGCAAAUUUAACAGAUUGUAACCGAUGUCAGAUUGUGGUAAAAAAUAGACUUUAUGCGGUAAAAUAUGAUUAUUAAACAACUAAUCGAUGACUAAAAAAGUUAACUAUUUUAAUAAUCGAUUAAAUCGAUUAGUUGUUUCAGCUCUACCUAUGUAUUAGGAUUUUCUCACUGUACAUUUCUCCCUAUAUUCUUACAUGCUGCACCGUUACCUUCUCAAAUGAAAAUUCAUACUUGAGAUUUUUGUCCUAAUAGUUUCUUAAUUGUAAAUUAAGAAAUUAACGCUGAUGCGUUAAGAGUACCCUGGCCUAUCCUAGUUUGAUACGGAUACAUUAAAAUUUUGCACUUUUAGUACUUGUGUUGCUCACUGUUUUCAUGCUUUUGCCAACCAGUAUGGUGACGUAUGUGCAAAAGGCCAUUUGGAAUGUUUACUUUGUGGAGUGCCUUGAGACGAUAAAUAAACUGAAUUGAAAACUGAAACUGAAUUUUAAUCUACCGUCACAUCGACUUCUAAAAUUAGUCAUUUCUGCCCACUGACAACGUAGAUUGAUUUUUUUUUUGUGGCAAGUCAGUGUAACAUUUAAUCAAUAAUCACACAUCAGUAAUUCCUUUUUACAUUGCAAAAAUAAAACGUAUCCUUGUUCGGUCUUAGUCAGACACGUGACCUGCAUGUCAACCGCAUCCACUUAGUGCAAUUUUUGGUGUAUGUCUGCCAUUCAGCCACAGGGAUAUCCUCGUGACCAAGUAGCCAGGGUGCAUGAUCGAUCGGGAUACAGUGACAGGAGGCUCACCCUGUCACAUUUGCAAAUAAAAUGGAAAAUCAAAGGAAAAUGCAGAACAAAGCAAAGAUAACAAAGCUUGAAUGGACAUUUCAAAGGACAGAUCAGGCUCUAGCCAGCUAGCAAGCUUUCAGCUGUGACGAAUCUAUGAAGUGUAAAUUUAAAUCACCAAGUAACACAAUCAGGUUUCUCUGAAAAGGCAAUGACUAGGAUUUUGAUUUAUUUUAAUCACUUAUUACUUGUUUGCUAACCAUUGAUGUGUGUUGUUAAAAUAAAAUUCAAGAGACUCCUGAAUUUCAAUUAAACAGGAUUUUGAGCAAUAUAAAACUGUUGUAGCAUUGUGGUUUAAGCUCUUUUAUGAAAGAGGAACCAUUCUACAUUGUAAUUUGUGAUAUUAAUUUUAUUAAAUUAAUAACCAAAUUGUAUAGUUUUAAGAAGACUCAAAGGUUGUUUUCAUCGAUAAACUGUCGAUAAUAUCCUUGGGUCUGUGUUUCAGUUCAAUGAAGAAACAAGUUUGACAAUUAAAAGUUUUAAUUCUUCAAAUUAAACUAAUGAUUUUGAAAUUGACAAACAGGAAAUAACAAUCAACAUUGGCAACUUUGUGGGACAAUCUUUAACAGUUGAUAUGCUGUUCUUGCUCAAAUAGACCUUGUGAUGAGUGUGUGAAGAUUGAAUAUGAGGUGAGCUGAGUGCGGGUGUGCAUCUGAUUUUGCUUCAGGAAGAAACAGGUGUCUGAGUGAAAAGUGAUGGUUUGAAUAAACUUAGGUUUAGUUGGAAAAGAUGCAUCAAAACGCUAUCUGUCGUGUUCUGCCUCACCGAAAAUCGGACACCCUUUUAGAUCCGGGACGCCAGAGGAUGGUGAUGUCCAUCCAGGUGACACCAGCGGCUGGCAGAGGAGACGGAGGUGUCCGCGGCCCGGUCCAGAGAUGCCCUCGGUACACGAUGAUGGUAAAGCGUUUUGUCGAUGCGUUUGUUAAGUUUAGUUCACUCAGAAAUCAAAAGACUCGGUAAUGAGU